GAGACAUACUAUAAAAGAGAGAGAGAGAGAGAGAGAGAGAGAAUGGGGAGUUUUAGUGAGAAGCAAGAAGCAUUAGUUAAAGAAUCAUGGGAAUUCAUGAAACAAGAUGCCCCUCAGCUCAGUCUUCGUUUCUUCACUCUGAUUCUGGAGAUAGCACCUGCGGCUAAGAACAUGUUCUCAUUUCUCAAAGACUCAGAAGAAAUCCCACAAAAUAAUCCCAAGCUAAAGGCUCAUGCUGUUAAAGUUUUCAAGAUGACAUGUGAGUCAGCCAUUCAACUACAUGAGAAAGGUGAAGUAGUAGUUGCAGACACUACUCUCAAAUGGUUGGGAUCUGUUCAUCUUCAAAAAGGAGUCAUUGACCCCCAUUUUGAGGUGGUGAAAGAAGCGUUACUAAGAACAAUGAAAGAGGCGAUGGGAGAGAAAUGGAGCGAAGAGAUGAGCAAUUCGUGGGCAGGUGCCUACGAUCACUUAGCAACAGCCAUUAAGAAUGAGAUGAAAGCUUAAUUACAUGUUAAUCCUCCCCCUAAUUAAACCCUAUGUUGUAUUUACUCAAUUAUGAUAACGAAGCAAGCAAUUUUUCAUAUUAAAUAUUUAAACUCAAA